CCCGGGACCGCGAGGGCUCCGGUAACAGGUGUCCGCGGAGGCCUGUGCCGGGGACAGGUGAUGGGCCGAUAGAGGAAGGAGCCGGGGCAGCGCCCGCAGCCGCCUGCGGCUCGUCCUCGUUUGCGUUCCGUCGCCGCCGGGAGCUCGGGUUACCUUCGCGGACUACAUUGGUUUUGGAUGCACGGGACGCCCCUGAUACUGGUUUAUUGAUGUAGGCUGAAGGAUUGUCCCGUUGAUAACUUCCCGACCAUUCGGUAUAGCGUCCUAAGGGACUCGGUCAGUUACUGAAAUCAUGAAUCCUGUGUACAGCCCUGGAUCUUCUGGGGUUCCCUAUGCAAAUGCCAAAGGAAUUGGUUAUCCAGCUGGCUUCCCAAUGGGCUAUGCAGCGGCUGCUCCUGCCUAUUCUCCUAAUAUGUAUCCUGGAGCAAAUCCCACCUUCCAAACAGGUUAUACCCCAGGCACCCCAUAUAAAGUAUCUUGUUCCCCCACAAGUGGAGCAGUGCCACCCUAUUCUUCGUCACCGAAUCCCUACCAGACUGCUGUGUACCCAGUUCGAAGUGCCUAUCCACAGCAGAAUCCAUAUGCACAGCAAGGCACUUACUACACACAGCCUUUGUAUGCAGCACCACCCCACGUAAUCCACCACACGACGGUGGUGCAGCCCAACGGCAUGCCGGCCACCAUGUACCCUGCGCCCAUCCCGCCGCCCCGGGGCAACGGUGUCACCAUGGGCAUGGUGGCUGGGACUACUAUGGCAAUGUCAGCAGGUACUUUGUUGACAACCCAUUCUCCAACUCCAGUAGCCCCUCAUCCAGUUACUAUGCCCACAUAUCGGGCUCCAGGAACACCAACCUAUAGUUAUGUGCCCCCACAGUGGUGAUCAUCCUGGCAGUCAGUGUUUGAAGAUGGGAGAUAUGCAAUCAAGAAAUUGAGGUUUAAAAGUUGGUGCUGAAGCCCUCAUGCCUCCAACCAGGACUUUUCUUCUGAAUGCUUUCAACACUUGGCUAAACACUACUAAUUCCUGAUCACUGAAGAUUUUCCAGUGCUGCAUAUCUUACAUCUUGGAACUCCAGCAGUUAGUCUUAAAGCAAAUCCUGUUUUGUGGACUGUCUUGCAAUUUUUUAGCUAAUAAUAUUGAUAAAAAACAAAAAGGGAGUAUAAAUUUAUUCUGAUCCAUAUCUAGUUGAAUGCAUGUUAAAACACAAAAACAAAAGCUUGCUCAAUCUACCUGCAGUGACUGAUGCAAAAACCAUCAUAUGCAAAUCCAAAGGAACCGAGAAGUAUUUCACAACCUUUAUCACUGAUGCACUGUCGUAACACAUGCAGGGUCUGACAAGGUAGAAACAUGACAAUGACUUUCUUUAUAGAACAUAACACCCAUUAGAGAAGUGCUUCAGCCUUUUUUAAGGUUGAUGGAGGUGCCAGUUUAAAAGGGGCAUAUUUUUAUUUAAGGGAUAGGUUCUUUUCCAACUCAACUACUAAAUUGGAGCGACUGGAAAAUGAGUCAGACAAGCUGUAGAAAUCACACACACAGUUAGUUUACUUCUACCUUUUCACCUUCAUUAUACAGAUUCAGUGUUAAACAGAAGUCCUUAAGGAUCAGAAUGAAAUGACAAAGGUAACGUGUGCCAGUAAAAUAAAGCAAACUUCCUUCAGGCAAAACUGGCUCUUAGGAACAGUAGGAGGUGACAUCACCUGCAUAGUGAAUUGCAUGUCCUGGGGAGAUAAAUAUCCAGUCCUGUCUUUCAUACCAUGCAAGAUGUGUCAAAGUGAGACUGCCACACAGACAGAUAGAAAAACACUUUCUUUUAGUUCUCAGUUCAGGAAGUUUGUGCUGUUUUUCCUAAAGGAUGUUGUAGUCAGUUGAAAAUGUAUGUGCAGUUGAUCCAGCUUGCUUUCCUGAAACUUAAGAAAUGCCAGGGCUUUCUACAGCAAACGAGAGGAGUCCAGCUGCAUGUUACUGGGAGGAAAGCUUGUGUGCCUGAUGAGUAAGUUAAAGGGGAACAAAUCAUUUCACCACAAUUUCCUUGUUGGCUGUCUGCAGUGUGGCCGAUGGAUGUGCUGUAGCAGGGCUGACACAGGUUUCAAGUAGCUCUUCUUUUCCUGGUUUUUUUAUUUUCUUGGAAACAUUUGUAACUGAAGUAGGAGCCAUUGGUUGGAUGUGUUUUCUUAGUAUCUCCUUUGUUGAUUUUACUUCCUCAAUUGCACUUGGAGGCACGUAGAAGAAGAGACUUGACUGCAGAUCAGCAUUUCAUUGCAAUGAGUCCUUUCUCAUAUUCUGUCUCACAACUUCAAUUUUUAAAGAAGUACCUCAAAGCAAAUGCUGUGGGGAUAAAGGGCUAGUCCUGGAACCCAUUUGUGUACCAAAAUUGUUACAGGGCAGAUUUUAAAUUUUUAAAUUUGACUCUUGCACAGAAAAACCCCACAAAUCACAAGGUUUUCCUGAAGCCUGCUUGACUCACAACUCGUGAAAGAUGCAGCUUUCUUCGCUGUUUUUGGCUACAUCCUGCCUGCAAUAAAUUAUACAGUUAAUGGUUAUAAAAUGUUCCCUUUUAAGUGUAUAUGGAGAGGUAUAUCAGGCUGUAUUGUUCCUUUAGAUUCACUUCCAUCCAGAAGGAAGGAGUUUUUUUAAGUUGUGUAUCUUAGGUAUGCUUUGUUUCCAGGUGGUGUCGUGCUCCUGUGCAGAUGUGGCAGCUUACUUCAGGGUAGCAUCAGUGCUGAUAGAAUGCUGCCGUUCCAGUACUCUGCCCUGCUGGGAGGCUUCCAUACCUUUUGUAGCCCAUUGGUGGGUAGAGCCUUCAGUAACACUUAUAUUUUUUUACAGUAAGCACUCUUCAUAUUUUGUACUUCCCUUAUUUUUGUUUAAUAAAGUUUAGGUUUAUUUUGCAUGAA